GAGGUUCAGCUACCGUCUCUUAGAAUUGCCGUCGCUCAUCAUAUUACAACAGAAGACAGCGCCAAACUCAGACUUGCAGAGUUGGAGAGUCUCGAAGGAAAACGAUUAGAAGCGCAGCAGAAUCUAGAACUUUAUCAAGCGAGGAUGGCGCACGCUCACGACAAGCUGGUCCGCCCUAGGACGUUCAAAAUUGGUGAUCUCGUACUUGUUCUCAGGAGGCCUAUUCUUGCACACCGCAAAAUAGGUGGAAAGUUUGAACCAACCUGGGAGGGACCAUUCGUCGUGGAAAAGGUCUAUUCAGGAGGAUCUUACCAGCUAGUGGACUUUCGAGGCGAAAUGCCUAUGUUGCCGGUCAAUGGGCGAUACUUGAAGACUUAUUAUGCAACUUAGCAUUCCCCGGAGUGAAGCUCUGGAAAUAAUGUUUGGUCUGGGGUGUGGUUGUUUGGCUAGUGUCUGUGACUGGGUCCUAAAAUUCUAUAAUAAAAUUAAUCUUAAUGAAAUGGAAAUUUGAUUUUGCACUUUCACCUUCCUCACCUUCGUUCUAAAUUCCACCAAUUUAAAUUAAAAAGAGAAAAAAUGUUUGCACCUUCAUAAUUCUAAAAUCUAUUUAAUAAUGCUCUGUUGUUCUUGUUCGUUUUGGGAUUUCGGCACGCUGAUGUUUUCCUGCCUUUUUGCAUGAAAAUGUCAAGUCCGAGGCUGAUUUUCUCUUUUAAGGACGGCUUAAAUCUCACACUGAAUAAAGAAAAGGCAGCUCAGGGUGGCGUUGUGAACCUCGACUUAGACUACAGUCAGGUCAACGUUGAGUACGAGGGUCCUCUGAUGGACAUCGUCAGCCGCCGGGAGACGGAAGGGUUACCGUCACUACUCAAGAUUGGUGCCAGGGAAGACUCCUCACCAAAGAGACAGAAAGUGGAAAG